AGUUGGGUCAGAUGUGUCAUGGCGGCGGCAAAGCAACGUCAUUUCUGAAGCGUUCAGCGGCAAACAUUCAGGUUUUUAGCUGUUUAUUCCCUCACAGGGCUGUCGGACAGAGUUUUAACCGGAAUUCGUUAACAUGGGCCGCCAUUGACUUUUUUAACCCAGUGAGAAGAUUUAAAGCGGCAGCAGAAGGAAGACAGAAGCGUCAACCCUGAUUCAUCCUCACAGCUGCAGCCAUGUCUCUGGGCAACCACACGUCGGACUCGGCGUCGUUCUUCUCCUCCGACAGCGAGGCAGAGGGUCCGGAGGAUCAGGGCGGGACAGCUCAGCAGCAGGAGGAGGAGGCGUCCAGCGGCGUGUCCACAGUCCGGGCGCUGCUGACCGUCUUCAUCCUCUGUUACAUCAACCUGCUCAACUACAUGGACAGGUUCACCGUGGCAGGCGUCCUCCCUAACAUAGAGCACUACUUUGGGAUCGACGAUGGGAAGUCGGGCCUACUACAGACAGUUUUUAUCUGCAGCUACAUGUUCCUGGCUCCGGUCUUUGGUUACCUGGGCGACAGGUACAACAGGAAGUACAUCAUGAGCGGCGGCAUCUUGUUUUGGUCCGUGGUGACGCUUGCCAGCUCCUUCACGCCUAACCAGCAUUUCUGGGCCCUGCUGUUGACCCGCGGUCUGGUCGGAGUCGGGGAGGCCAGUUACUCCACCAUCGCUCCCACCAUCAUCGCCGACCUCUACGUCAAAGGGAAGCGGACCAACAUGCUCUCCAUCUUUUAUUUCGCCAUUCCUGUAGGCAGCGGUCUCGGUUACAUCGUGGGCUCUCAGGUCGGUUACCUGGCGAAUGACUGGCACUGGGCCCUGCGGGUGACUCCGGCUUUGGGACUGAUUGCUGUGCUGCUGCUGCUCUUUGUGGUCCAGGAGCCCAGAAGAGGCGCCAUCGAAGCCCGACCGGAGCAGCAGCUGCACCAGACCAGCUGGCUGAUGGACCUGAAGGCUCUGUGCAGGAACCGCAGCUUCAUGCUGUCCACCUUCGGCUUCACGGCGGUGGCGUUUGUGACGGGUUCUCUGGCCCUCUGGGCUCCAACCUUCCUCUUCAGAGCCGCCAUCUUCACCGGAGAGAGACCUCCCUGUGAUGAGGCUCAGUGCUCCUCCAAAGACAGUCUGAUCUUCGGGAUCAUCACCUGUGUCACAGGUGUGCUGGGCGUGGCCAGCGGCGUGCAGGUGAGUCGGCAGCUGAGGACAAGGACGCCUCGAGCCGACCCGCUGGUGUGUGCCGCCGGCUUGCUGCUCUCGGCUCCGUUCCUGUACCUGGCCAUCGUCUUCGCUGAGGGCAGCACUAUCGCCACAUACGUCUUUAUUUUCCUCGGGGAGACCUUCCUCUCCAUGAACUGGGCCAUCGUGGCCGACAUUCUCCUGUACGUGGUUGUUCCAACUCGUCGCUCCACAGCUGAGGCCCUGCAGAUCGUCGUCUCUCACCUGCUGGGAGACGCAGGAAGUCCAUACCUGAUAGGAGUGGUUUCGGACUCUCUGAGGAAAACGGACUCUUUCCUCUGGAAGUUUCGGUCUCUGCAGCUUUCUCUCCUGCUCUGCUCCUUCGUGGCCGUGGUGGGCGGAGCUUUCUUCCUCGGCACCGCCCUCUUCAUCGAACAGGACCGUAAUCGGGCGGAGAGCUACGUCCCCUCAGAUGACGAGCCCAUCGUCGUACCGAAGAGUGGGCGGUCCACCCGGGUGCCGGUGUCCAGCGUCCUGAUCUGAUUCCAGGAUCCGGAGGAUGGCUGGUUUGUUUCACCUGCUGCGCAGAGACGCUUCUUUUUUUUUUUCUUUUUUUUUAACACUUUUUAUUCACGUUACAUUUCUAAGAGCUCCAUGUCGGAGAGCGUGGCGUCGGAGGAAACCUUGUCAUUUAUUAAGCCACCAGACGACUUCGACGUGGAUCCUCUGAUCUGGGAUCAGCCUCAAACAGGAAGAAGCUUCAUUUAUUACUUUUACUUUAACUACGACCUCCUGCAGCAGAGAGGAAAACACCCACCCAGAAAUCUUUUUAUUCCUUCAUUCGUCCCGCUUCCUCCAAGGAACUUUUUACUUCCAGGAAAAUUCCUCUUUUUAUUCAUCUGGAAACAAACUGCAGGAGCUUCAUUUCAGCAACGGUUCUUAUUUAACAAAAAAAAAAACUUUUAAAUGGAAAAUGAAUGUUAACCUCUGAUUAUUUUAGCUUAUUUUUGUGAACUAUUAAAGGAGAUUUAACUU